UUACUUUUACCACCAGCGACAGACUUUGCCUUGAUAUAUUUCUACUAUCGCUAACCCGAAGCAAGGGCAGUGGAAAGGUGCAUUAUAGAGCCUCAAGAAACUCUUUGCCGCCAAAAGAAGUUUGAUUCCGGGAGCCGGACCAAAGGAAUUCACCAUGGCACCACCCUCCGCCAUCGAGGUAUCAGCCGUAACGGACACUUCUGGAAUCAUUAUACCGGACCCUUUGACGGCGCCGGUGCAGAGCAAUGAGAUACUGGGAAGGAGAAACAAAACGAACAGGUCGCAAUGGGGCGUUGCAGCUCCAUCAAACACAGCCAACUUCCGACUAAAGUCUUAUGACCACAGACCGAAGGCGAAGCGAUGGGAACAUAUCUUGACCCACGAAGCUCUCACAAGGAAAGGUAACUCGCUAAAGGAAGCUGCGAAAUUUCUAGCCACUCCAGGUAUCAUCUCUUUAGGGGGUGGCUUACCAUCAAGCGAAUACUUUCCCUUUGAGGAGCUUUCGAUAAAGGUGCCUCAAGUCGGACGCUUCUCAGAAGCGGAAACCAAAGACUCGGGUGUGAUCCUCACAGCCGGCAAACACGAUCUCGCGGAGGACAAGUCCAAUUUCGAUAUCGCAACGGCCUUCAACUACGGCCAGGGUUCAGGAUCAGCACAGCUGCUACGAUGGGUCACCGAACAUACGGAAAUGGUGCACGACCCACCGUAUCAGGACUGGAGGUGCACGAUGAGCAUCGGAAGUACAUCUGCAACAGAUAUGGCCUUGAGGAUGUUCACAAGGCCUGGUGAUGUGAUGUUAUCAGAAGAGUAUACCUUCUCAGCAUUCGUAGAGACUGCACGACCCAUGGGCGUUCGCGUAUGCGGCGUCCCAGUCGACUCCGAAGGCUUACUUCCUGACGAAAUGGAUCACAUCCUCUCGACUUGGGAUGUCAAUGCCCGGGGUGCACGGAAGCCGCACCUCCUCUACACAGUGCCUACAGGCCAAAACCCGACAGGCGCAACACAAGGCGCAGAGCGUCGACAGGCCCUAUACAAGGUUUGCCAGAAACACGACGUUUAUAUCCUCGAAGACGAACCGUAUUAUUUCCUGCAAAUGCAGCCUUACACUGGCCCUAACGCUCCGGAUGUCCCACCACCAUCCACCCACUCAGACUUCCUCAAAUCACUUGUCCCAAGUUACCUUUCGAUGGACACCGACGGCCGUGUCAUGCGCCUCGACUCGUUUUCCAAAGUAAUUUCACCCGGCUCGCGCAUCGGCUGGAUCACUGCAUCCCAGCAAAUAGUCGAGAGGUAUUCAAAGCACGCUGACAUGUCGACGCAAAACCCCAGCGGCAUGUCUCAGCUGAUCCUAUACAAACUGCUGGAUGAGCACUGGGGCCACGCCGGCUACCUCGAUUGGCUCAUAUACAUCCGCCUCGAAUAUACAAAGCGCCGCGACACUAUACUCUCCGCCUGCGCCAAACACUUGCCUCGCGAGGUCAUGAGUUGGAAGCCACCCAUGGCGGGCAUGUUCCAUUGGAUGCAAAUCGACUUCCGGCAACACCCAGACUACCCGCAGAAGAACAUUGAGACGAUUGAAGAGGAGAUCUUCAUGCGAGUUAUUGAUCAUGGGGCGCUAGUUAUGAGGGGCAGUUGGUUCUAUGCUGAUGCCGAACAGGCACAUAACACGCUGUUCUUCAGGGCCACUUAUGCGGCUGCUCCAGCAGAGAAGAUUGAUGAGGGGAUUCGAAGAUUAGGAGAAGCUGUUAGAGAGGAGUUUGGGCUGGGGAAAUAUGCAAAGGGCGUGGCGGAUGGUUGUUAGAUAUGAGGGUAUCUGUGCUUAUGCUAUUUAGAGACUGCAUCUAGACGCAAUGCUAAUUGAAUAUGCGCGUAUCAAACACUGCGUGCAUUAAUUGAGUUGUAUUAGAGAAAGAGAUGGGUAUCAUGUCAUCGCGACCAAGUCGUACGUAUCAUUUCCGUAGCGCAUCUCAAGACCUAAGCCCUUGCUCAUCGCUUUGCCUGGUACCUUGACCCUCUUCC